CUUUACAAAGAUAACACCUUACUAAGAAUGGCCAAGCUUCAACUUUUCUUUCAAAGCUUGAUUGUAAUUCUAGCUGUGCUUUUCCAUCUCUCUCAUGCUGAUGUUGGCACAGCUGCCCGUUAUAGAACCCCAUAUUUACCCACAGCCUGCUAUGGAAACGAUGCAGGACAGUUCCCCUCGAGCAACCUGUUCGCAUCGGCCGGCGAGGGGAUAUGGGACAAUGGUGCCGCCUGUGGGAGGCAGUAUUUGGUGCGGUGCAUAAGCGCGGCUCAGCCUAGAACUUGCAUUCCAGGCGAAACAAUUCAAAUAAAAAUCGUUGAUCGUGCACUCAGUUCAGUUUCUAGGCCUUCCCAGCCCGGUGCUACCAUGGUUCUUUCUAAAACUGCAUUUGGGAUGAUUGCCAAACCUACCGCGCCUGCCAUUAACAUAGAAUUCACGCAGGUUUGAAAUGGACGUACAAUAUUUGAUUAAUAAGGUGGGAGAGCCCAUCAUUAUUCUACACAAGUGCAGAGGAAAGGGAUCGAGAGGAAGGUGGGAAAUUUCCCCUUUGCUUGCCCUAAAUGUAUUAACAUAAUGUGUUUCUUCAUCAUUUUUUUAUGUAUUUGUUUGAUGUAUCUCUUUUUUCAUUUAUACAAUAA